GUCCGCGCCGCCUCGCUCGUAGUGCUAGCUCGCGGGUUUCGCCCCUUUGUGGUGCGUGUCUUUUUCUCCCGUGUGCGGCGGCGGUUCCCUCCCAGACCUAGUGCGUCGUGAGGGCUCGGAGCCGCGGGCUGAGGCGAGGGCGCAGUCUCGGGAGGGCGUCUCGGAAGUUGCUUCAUCAUGAGAAAUCUGAAGUUGCUCCGGACACUGGAAUUUAGGGACAUUCAAGCACCAGGGAAACCUUAUUGUUUCUCUCUCCGAACUGAACGGGGGACAGUGCUAAUUGGCUCAGAACGUGGACUGAUUGAAGUAGAUCCUGGGAAAAGAGAAGUGAAGACUGAAGUUCUUCUGGUGGCAGAGGGUUUUCUCCCAGAGGAUGGAAGCGGCUGCAUUGUGGGUAUGCAGGGCUUGCUGGAUCAGGAGUCCGUGUGUGUGGCCACUGCCUCUGGGGAUGUCGUGCUCUGCAAUCUCAGCACACACCAGCUGGAAUGUGUUGGGAGUGUGGCCAAUGGUAUCUCUGUUAUGAGCUGGAGUCCCGAUCAAGAACUGGUGCUUUUUGCCACAGGUCAGCAGACCCUGAUUAUGAUGACAAAAGACUUUGAAGUAAUCACAGAGCAGCAGAUCCACCAGGAUGAUUUUGGUGAAGGCAAGUUUGUCACCAUUGGAUGGGGCACUAAGGAGACGCAGUUCCACGGCUCAGAAGGCAGGCAAGCAGCCUUCCCGGUGCAAAUGCAUGAGUCUGCCCUGCCCUGGGAUGACCACAGACCACGAAUUAGCUGGCGUGGGGAUGGGCAGUUUUUUGCUGUGAGUGUUGUUUGCCCACAAACAGGGUCGCGGAAGAUCAGAGUGUGGAACCGAGAGUUUGCUUUGCAGUCAACCAGUGAGCCUGUGCCGGGACUGGGGCCUUCCCUGGCUUGGAAACCCUCAGGCAGUUUGAUUGCAUCUUCUCAAGACAAGCCCAACCAGCAAGAUGUUGUGUUUUUUGAGAAAAAUGGACUUCUUCAUGGACAGUUUACACUUCCUUUCCUCAAAGAUGAAGUAAAAGUAAAUGACUUGCUAUGGAAUGCAGAUUCCUCUGUGCUUGCUGUGUGGCUGGAAGACCUUCCAAGGGAGGACAGUUCUACUCUGAAAAGCUAUGUCCAGCUUUGGACCAUGGGGAACUAUCACUGGUAUCUCAAGCAAAGCCUGCCCUUCAGCACCAGUGGGAAGAACCAGAUUGUGUCUCUGCUGUGGGACCCGGUGAUGCCGUGCCGGCUGCAUAUUCUCUGUCAGGGCUGGCGUUAUCUAUGCUGUGACUGGCACUGGACCACUGAACGGAGCUCCGGAAAUAGCACCAGUGACUUGGCAAAUGUGGCUGUUAUUGAUGGAAACAGGGUGUUGGUAACAGUCUUCCAGCAGACUGUGAUCCCACCUCCCAUGUGUACCUACCGGCUGCAGAUCCCACAUCCAGUGAACCAAGUUGUGUUCUGUGCUCACCUCGGAAAGAGCAAUGACCUUGCUGUCCUCGAUGCCAGUAACCAGAUUUCUGUCUACAAGUGUGGUGAUCAGCCAAACAUGGAUCCCACUGUGAAACUGGGAGCCGUGGGUGGAAAUGGAUUUAAAGUUCCCCUUAGAACACCUCAUCUGGAAAAGAGAUACACAAUUCAGUUUGAGAACACUGGAGAUGAGGAGGUGAACCCACUGCAACUGAGCCUUCUCACCUGGAUUGAAGAAGACGUUUUCCUGGCCGUAAGCCACAGCCACUGCAGCCUGCAGUCUGUCCUUCACCGAUUGACUGUGGCCCCUUCGGAGGUGGAGGAGGAGCAAGGACAGCUGAAUGUCAGUUCAUCUGUGACAGUGGAUGGGGUCAUCAUUGGUUUAUGUUGCAGUUCUAAGACCAAGUCAUCAGUGGUACAGCUAGCUGAUGGCCAGGUGCUCAGAUGCCUUUGGGAAUCACCGUCUCUGGCUGUGGAACCAUGGAAGAGCUCUGAAGGACUUCGUGUUCGAUUUGCUCAUCCAUGCACACAAAUGGAAAUGGCUAUGAUUGGAGGGCAGGAAUGUGUCCUUGGUCUGACUGACAGAUGUCGCUUUUUUGUCAAUGGCACUGAGGUUGCAUCAAAUAUCACGUCAUUUGCAGUGUGUGAUGAGUUUUUACUGUUGACAACCCACUCCCAUACCUGCCAGUGUUUUUUCCUGAAGGAUGCUUCACUUAAAAUGUUACAGGCUGGUCUGUGUGGUAAUAAUGAGGCCAAUAGAGAAAUUCUACGGAAAGUGGAGAGGGGUUCACGGAUUGUCACAGUUGUUCCCCAGGACACAAAGCUUAUACUACAGAUGCCGAGGGGAAACUUGGAAGUUGUUCAUCAUCGGGCCUUGGUCUUGGCUCAGAUUCGGAAGUGGCUGGACAAACUUAAGUUUAAGGAAGCAUUUGAAUGCAUGAGAAAACUGAGAAUUAACCUCAAUCUGAUUUAUGAUCAUAACCCUAAGGUAUUUCUUGAAAAUGUGGAAACUUUCGUAAAGCAGAUCGAUUCUGUAAAUCAUAUUAACUUGUUUUUCACAGAACUAAAGGAAGAAGAUGUCACAAAGACUAUGUACCCUCCACCGGUUUCCAAGGGUGUCCAGAUGUCCAUUGAUCCUGAUAGGAAGAAAGUUGACCUUAUUUGUGAUGCUAUGAGAGUAGCCAUGGAGAGCAUCAAUCCUCACAAAUACUGCCUGUCGAUACUCACAUCUCAUGUGAAGAAAACGCCCCCGGAACUGGAAAUUGUGCUGCAGAAGGUACACGAACUUCAAGGAAAUGAUCCCUCUGUUGCUGAGUCUGUGAGUACAGAGGAGGCCUUGAAGUACCUACUACUCCUGGUAGAUGUCAAUGAAUUAUAUGAUCAUUCUCUUGGGACCUAUGACUUUGAUUUAGUCCUCAUGGUAGCUGAGAAGUCACAAAAGGAUCCUAAGGAAUAUCUUCCAUUUCUUAAUGCACUUAAGAAAAUGGAAACUCAUUACCAGCGGUUCACCAUAGAUAAGUACUUGAAACGAUACGAAAAGGCCAUUGGGCACCUCAGCAAUUGUGGACCUGAGCAUUUCACAGAAUGCUUAAAUUUGAUAAAAGAUAAAAACUUAUAUAAGGAAGCUCUGAAGUUAUAUCACCCAGAAUCACUGCAGUACCAGGCGGUCAGUGUUACAUAUGGAGAGCACCUGAUGCAAGAGCAGCUGUAUGAGUCAGCGGGCCUUGUGUUCGCCCGAUGUGGGGCCCACCAGAAGGCGCUCUCCGCGUUUUUGGCUUGCGGCAACUGGCAGCAAGCUCUCUGUAUGGCUUCCCAGCUUCACCUAACCGAAAACGAGAUAACUGGCUUUGCUAGAACUCUGGCAGGAAGGCUGGGUGAGCAGAGGAAACACAGUGAGGCAGCCAUAGUCCUGGAGCAGUAUGCCCAGGAUUAUGAAGAGGCUGUGCUCCAGCUGCUGGAGGGAGCUGCCUGGGAAGAAGCUCUGAGACUGGUAUACAAGUAUGGCAGAUUGGAUAUUAUAGAAACCAGCGUAAAGCCUUCCAUUUUAGAAGCCCAUAAAAAUUACAUGGCCUUUCUGGACUCACAGACAGACACAUUCAUUCGCCAUAAAAAACGUUUGCUGGUGGUUCGAGAACUCAAGAAACAAGCACCAUGGGUGCAUGCGGAUCCCCAGGUGGCCCGUGCUCCAGAGUCGGAGCUCUUCUCGGAGAGCGGCAGUGAGAUGAGUAGCAGGCCGUCCCACAGCACCUCCAGGGUGUCUGCGAGGUCAUCUAAAAACCGGCGCAAGGCAGAGCGGAAGAAGCACAGCCUCAAAGAAGGGGGUCCUCUAGAGGACCUGGCGCUUUUGGAGGCUCUGAAGGAAGUGGUACAGAGCAUUGAGAAGUUGAAAGAUGAAGUGCACACUGUUUUAAAGGUGCUCUUUCUCUUUGGGUUUGAAGAGCAAGGAAAGGAUUUGCAGAAGGCCUUUGAGAGCACUCUGAAGCUGCUGGAGAAGGCAGCUCCAGAGAUCUGGACUCCGGCCGGCCAGGAGAGUGCAGUCACAUCUGUCCUAGGCCCGAGUUCCACGGUGAAUAGCAUCACUGCCUCUUACCAGCAGCUGCAGCUGCAGCAGCAGCCACAACAACAACAACAGCCUUCUGUCCCUGUUCUCGAUGUUGGGGUUUGCCUGCCACCGAAGAUUGACCAGAAAGGCCUGUGGAAGCUGAGCCUGCUGGAAUGACUGGCCUGUUAGGAAGGACCACUGGGAAGACCAUUUGCCCACUCCCUCCUCAUUGUGCUUCUGGCUGUCGCUCCUUCUCAGAGGCCUGGCUGUGAGAACUGGAUAGAGGGUGGACUGUCUUCGCGCCGCCUGCAGCUGCUGUGCGCACCAGCCCUUAGCUAGCACUCGGCAGUCUGGGUCUUACUUGAGUGUGCAUCUGAAGUACUAUCAGACCUUUGUUUUAGCCGACAUAUUACAGUCUUUUUUUUUUUUUUUUUUUUUUUUAAUUGCUAUUUUUAGUUGGGCAUGGUGGGGCAUGCCUACAAUCCCAGCAACUCAGGAAGCUGAGGCAGAAAAGAUUGGUGCAAGUUUGAGACCAGCGUGGGCUACAGCAGGACCUUAUCUCAGAACAACCCAACUUGCUGUUCUUGUAUUUAGUGCUGUUUGAUAACGUGGUUACUAAAGCAAAAAAUCGUGAACUUGAUUCUCA